UGAUGGCAAAUUUCAAAGGUCAUGCUCUCCCAGGCAGCUUCUUCCUGCUCUUUGGCCUCUGGUGGUCUGUGAAAUACCCCCUGAGAUACUUCAACGAGAAGGUGAAUAAAAAGUCCCAUAGAAACCACUGUUACCAACGCUUGGAUGUCAUUGAAGGAGCAGCCAAAAUCAUCUUUGCCCUGAUAGGGAUGCUGGCUGAGCAGUUUGUCCCCGAUGGCCCUCACUUGUAUCUCUACAGUGGUGAAGAACGCAGCUGGGUUAAGUUGAUGAACUGGCAGCACACGACCAUGUACCUGUUCUAUGGACUCUCAGGUGUGGUGGAUGUGCUCACUUACUCCCCGCUCAAGUUGCCCCUGGGAUUGGAUCGCCUCAUGCUGUCUGUGGCUGUGUUUGUUGAAGGUUUUCUCUUUUAUUAUCACGUCCUUCACCGCCCCAUGCUAGAUAUGCACAUCCACUCCCUGCUGCUCAUCGCUGUGUUCGGUGGGGCCUUCAGCAUCCUACUGGAAGUCUUCCACCGUGACAACAUUGUCUUGGAGCUCUUCAGAGCUAGCCUUACCAUUCUGCAGGGAACCUGGUUUUGGCAGGUUGGGUUUGUGCUGUUCCCACCCCGGGGAGGCCCAGCCUGGGAUGAGGAUGACCAUGACAACAUCAUGUUUGUCACCAUGUGCUUCUUCUGGCACUACGCGGCUGCUAUUCUCAUCAUGAUUGCCAACUACGCUCUCACUUACUGCUGCAUCCAAAGAUGUAAGAGAGACACUGGAGAAAUAGAUAUUGGACUUGGGGUUCGGAAGCAGAAAAGUGACACAAGCUCCCGUGUUUCCCUCUUAAAUGGAUUGGAUGAGGAAUGAGGACAGUGCACGUUGGCUGAUGCCUCUUAUUUCCUAAAGAUUAUGAGAAUCAAAUUUUUUUUAAUCUGAGUAAUAUUUAUAUUGGAAUAUCAAGAAGGAAGAUCCUGCAAUUUUACUGCUGAACAGCAUGGACAGACUCAAGAUGUGAUCUCUGCUCUCCUUCUGCAAAUUCCCUGAAGCCCUUUGGAUCUGAAAUGGGUGCAUAAUGUCCUACUUCUGAGCAAUUUUAUUUAAUGGCAAAAUCAAAUGCAGAAAUUCAAAUGUCAGGACAGUUUGGCUUAUGGGAACUCAGGUCUAUGUUGUCUCUAUAGUGAUGGACCAGAGCCUGCCAGUCAUAUUUUCUGAGUGAAUUGAGGGCUGACCUUUGAUAGUCCAAGUUGGAAAAACCUGCAGACUGGGCUUCAAUAACUCUAGUGAUACCUUGUGGAGUGAAGGAUUCAGAAGGGUCACCCCAAGCAGGAAGAGCACGGGCCAAUGCCAAAGAAUGUGCAGUGUCAUUGUUCAAUUGUACGCUACUGAAAUUUUGUACUACGUCUAUCAACUUGUCCUUUUUUAUACUUUUGAGACAAGCUUUAC